AUGGAUCAAGCUCAAUCAAAACUAAUAUCGGAGAAGAAAAAGGAGGGGCAGGCUGAAGCCCCAAGAAUUCAAGUCAGCGAUGGUAAUCUAUCAAAUGGUAAUACGCAAACUAACGUGAUCAAUGGUAAGGUUGAACCAACCGAGAAAGAAGAAGAGAAACCGGAAUUUAUUAGAAUUAGAGACAACACUACCUUCUCGUGGAAUAAUGUGGGGUCUUGGACAAUUGUUUCAGCAAAGGACAAGCAAGCCAUUUUAAAAAACUCCAAAAAAGUAGAAACCUAUAUAAUUGACCAUUAUGUUGUUGAUUGGUAUUGGAAUUGUUCUUUGAUGAUAGGUACUUGUUUCUUUGCUUGGUUUGUAGCUCGAUGGGGUGGUGGAAUACUAUCACUUGGAUUAGUCUUAUUAUUUACCAAUUCGGUUUAUCGAGCUGAAUUUAGAAGAUUCAAUCGUAAUGUCAGGGAUGAUAUCGCCAGAAAAUUAGCAAUCAAUAGAUUAUCAAAUGAACUGGAAACCAUGGAAUGGAUGAAUGCAUUCUUAGCCAAGGUUUGGAAUAUUUAUAUGCCUGCCAUGUCUGAAAUUGUCAUGUUUCAAGCAAAUGAAAUUUUAAAAGACCAAGCACCAGGAUUUGGAAUUGAAAAAUUAACAUUAGAUGAAUUUACUCUUGGUUCAAAAGCUCCGACUAUUGAUUCCGUUACGUCUUAUACCAAGAAGGGUAAAAAUAUUAUUGAAAUGGAUUGGGCCUUUUCAUUCACUCCAAAUGAUACUGACAACAUGACUAAAAAUGAAAUCAAAAAGAAAGUUGAUCCAAAAGUUGCCCUUGGGGUUACUGUUGGGAAGAAAUUCAUUUCCAAAUCAUUACCAAUUUUAGUUGAAGAUAUGGCCAUGACUGGUAGAAUGAAGGUUAAAUUGAGACUUACGGAGACUUUCCCUCACGUCAAGAUAUUUUCGUUCCAAUUUUUAGAAGCUCCAGUUAUUGAUUAUGCUUUAAAGCCAGUUGGUGGUGAUACUUUUGGUAUUGAUAUUAUGUCAUUUAUUCCAGGAUUGUCGAAAUUUGUUAACGGUAUUAUUCAUGCGACUUUGAGACCAAUGUUUUAUGCACCAAAUCAUUAUGAUUUAGACAUUGAAGAGUUAUUGUCUUGGAACUCAUUCAAUGCAGUUGGUGUUGUGGCAGUCACCAUUAAACGUGCAAGUAAAUUAAAGACAGGUAAUCCAACUAAACCAAACAGUAUCAAUCCUUAUGUUCAAAUAGGCGUAGCUAACAAUGCUGCAAUCGAUGAAGUAACGAAAACUAAGAAGUUAAUUAAUGAUCCAAUAUUUAUGGAAACUAAGUAUAUCUUGAUUAAUCAAUUAGAAGGAAAUUUCUUGAAAUUUAAUGUUUUCCAUUUACUUGAAGAUAAAGCCGAUGAUCAAAUAAUAGGAACAUGUGAAUUUCCAUUAGGUGAAUUAUUGCAAAAUCAACUGCAAAUGGAUAUAAACAAAUCAAUCACUCAAAGUGGUAAAGUUGUCGGUAAAUUGAAUUUUGAUAUUAAAUAUUUCCCAACCAUGACACCAAUUGUUUAUGAAGAUGGAUCCAAAGAAACUAUUACUGAUGCAGAAGUUGGUCUUAUGAAGCUCACAUUACAUGAAGCUCGUGAUUUAGAUAUUUCCAAAUCAGUUAUCGGUAUAUUAAACCCAUUUGCUGAAAUCUAUGUUAAUAACGAAUUAGCUAAAAGUUGUCGUCAUUUAAGAGAUACCAAUGAACCAUCCUGGGAAGAAUCAUUCGAAUCUCUUAUAACUCAACAAUCAGAAACUGAAAUUCAAGUCUUGGUUAGAGAUUCGGUCGACAAUAAAGUCGUGGCAAAUUUACAAGUCAAUUUACAAGAUGUAGUUUUUGAAAGUUCUCGUGGACAGGAAUGGUUUGAAUGUCAACCUGUUGGUCCUGAUUUACCUACCCCAAAAAUCAGGCUUGCUGCCAAUUGGAAACCAUUAGCAAUUGACGAGGAUUCUGGUGUCAAGACUCACAACAAUGCAUCUAUUGGUGGUAUGAGAUUACAUAUCAGAGGAGCUAAAGAUCUUAAGAACUUGGAAGCUGUCGGGUAUGUUGAUCCUUAUGUUAAGGUUCUUUUGAAUGGUCAAUUGAGAGCCAAGACUGUUACCUUUGCUGAUACGGUUAAUCCAGUUUGGAAUUCGGUUUAUUUCUUACCAGUUGCCAAUGAACAUCAGCAUUAUUUGUUACAAAUUAUGGAUGCUGAGCCUGAAGGAAAAGAUAGAUCGUUGGGUACUGCUGCAAUUAAUAUUCAAGAUUUCUUGACUAAAGAUAAAGAUGGAUAUUGGAUGGAUUUUGAUGGGGCUGACAAGAUUAUCGAACAACCUGUUUUAUUCAACAAGGAAACUAUUGGGACCAUCUAUUAUUCAGUUUCAUUCUUUUCUACCAUUCCAGCAUAUUCAUUAUCACAGCUUAUACAUAAGGAUGAAUACUUACAACAUCUCGAAGAGCAGAGACAGCGUGAUAGAGAAAGACAAGAAAAGGAAGAAAAGAUGUACAAGGAAACUCCUGAUGAAUUUGAAUGGAUGGAGCUUACUGACGAUCAAGCCAAUGUUGCACCUAAGGUUGAAAUCAAAUUGGAAGAGGCAAUUAAACAUCGUGCCGGGAAUAUGGUUGUUCAUUUAAUAAGUGGACGUUUUACUAAGUCGGAUGUAUUUGUACAUACCUUAUUUGAUGAUCAUUCCUAUCCUUCUGGCGUUUCUCCAAGAUCCGAUGGAAAGAUAUUACGUACAAUAUCUAGUGGAGAGACAUUUAUACGUGACUUGCCUAAUUCCUUAUUAGUCUUCCGUAUUGCAAAGACUGUCGAGGUUACCAAUGCGAAAGACGUGUAUGCGGAAAAAGUAUUCAACACGCUUGACAUCUACAAAAAAUCAUUCAGCAAACCAAUCAAACUUGAUCUUGGUGACGGAAAUUCCAUUCAAGUUAGAUUGGAAUUCAUUCCAUCUUUAGCCCAAUUAGCACCAUUAGAUACAGUUCUUGACGUCGGUAAGAUCAACAUGCAAAUCAUUGGAGCUCGUAACUUAAAGGCAGUCGAUUCCAACGGUAAAUCCGAUCCAUUAUGUGUUAUUAAACUCGAUGGUGUUGAAAUUCAUAGGACAGACAAGAAGAGGAAGUCAUUAGAUCCAGAAUGGAAUGAAUCUAUAGAAUUCCCAAUGAAAUCUCGUUCUCGUCAAGUCUUGCUCGUGGAAGUUUAUGAUUGGGAUUUGACUCAUGAUGAUGAAUUACUUGGGGUUGGUAAUCUUGAUAUUUCAAGAAUUCUGCCAUUGACUGCAACUCCGGCUUCUGUUAAAUUGGAUACUCAAGGUGAAGUAGUACUCCGUAUUACUUUUACACCUGAAUAUAUUAGACCUCCAUUGAUUUCUGACUCGUUGUCUGUUCUCGAUUUGGCCUUGCUUGGUGAUACUGGUUUGAAGGCGGCAGAAGAUGUUGUUGGCGCUGUCGGAUCUGGUGUAGGCAUGGCGACUGAUGUUGUCGGAGGAGGUGUUGGUACUGCAACCAGUGUUAUUGGUGGAGGUGUAGAUGCUGUUGGUGAGGGUCUCGACCGUGCUACCAGUUUCAUUAAGGGUUUUAGGAAGCCAAGAAAGAGCAAAAGCAAGGAUGAUGGCGGAUCGAUUAGUUCAGGAAGUUCCAAUGGUAAUAACGGGUCUGCUGGUUCCGGCACUGGUAAGAUUCGUCGAGAAAGUUCUGGUCCUAUGUCAAAGAAUACUCUUGAUUUGACUAAAGAUGAAGCAGAAUUAAGAAUAGAACAAGAAGGAACUGUUGGUGGAAAGCAAGCAAAGCCCAAUGUUCGCGAAGCAGAUUUACCAUCACCACAAAGACUUGGUGUGCCGCAACACAAUAGAGGUAGCAUUGAUGUUGCUUCCAGUGUGUUUGCGGCUAGUAUAAAUGGACCAGAAGCUGCUCCUGGUAGAAUUACAGUUGUGUCUGCCAGUGGCUUUGAAACUGAUGAUCCAGUUGUUGUUAAGGUUACAUUGAAGACUUCUACCAAAGAAAAGCAAUUGAUAAAGACAAAGCAUAAAAAGCUUGACAAAGAAAAGAAGAAUUAUCAUUGGGAUGAAAGUGUCUCCUUUAGAUCUUCUGCUGCUGGUGAAAUUAUCUUUGACGUUAAAGAACAUCAUACUUUUGGUAAGGACGUUUCAUUGGGAAAGACAUCAAUUAUCUUAUCGGAAUACGUCAACGUUAGCGAGAAUGUUACCUUAAAUGCUGGUAAUGGAGAAGUAGUUGUUAAUAUAAAAUACUUUUCGUAA